ACAACGGAAUUCUCGAAGCAAUUUUCGUAGCAUUAUUUUGCUAUUUUCCAUAUUUAGAGAGGAAAUUUAUGCUCAAAAGACGUUCAAAAGUGUGAAUAAUUGCGAAAAUCGUCGAAUUGAAGUGAAAUUCAGUAAAAUUGACGCCAUUGACGAUGCCGAAAGUGAAAACUAAGAGUCCCGUGAAGAACGCUCCCGCUCCAAGGGUAUUAAUUGUGAAGAAGCUUGUCAAAGUAGAGUUGAAUCAGCCCGUUUGCAAGGAAGAGGACCUCAUUGGCAUCAGUGGCGAUGCCUCGACGAUCGAUUUGACACGAAAUAAGUUCAUUAAACGCGAAUUUGUUCCCGUCAAGGAAGAACAGGAAGCCCAACAAAGCGUCGUUUGGCCCCAAAAUGAACAAUAUUCCGAUUCGGAGCAGUCACAGCACAGCGAUUGGUUCGAAAAAUUCUUCGAUGAGCAAGACAAAAAGGGAAAAGUUCAAGUUGCCCAGCAGCAGGAGGCGCCGCAACGCGUUAUUGUGCAAAAAACCAUCGAAGUUGUGACCACAAACGAAGAUGACGAAGAAGACAUUCCGAUGGUUGAAGAGCGGCUCGAAGAAGAGGAAGAAGAAGAAGACGACAACGUAACUCUCGCAUCCGACGACUCGUUCGACAAAUAUUUCGAGGAAACGGAAAAGCAGCGAAUUGUCGAAGAAACGAAGCAACAAAAGAAAAAAGAGCCUCGCGAUCCAAAUGCCCCCAAACGCAAACGAGUUCGUCUCGAAUACUCGAUGGUGCAACAUUUGGAAGGUUACGAAGUCGAAUCGCGCAUCUUUUGUUCCAUCUGUAACGAUCACUUUAACCAAAUGCCGGGUCAUCCAAAGAACUACAAUGAUCACAUCAUCAAAGUACAUGCCCACAAAGUCGGCGAAGAUUUGUACGUUUGCACGUAUUGCGACAACAAGACCCCAAAGACGCUCAAAAACCUCAAGAUGCACUUGUUCCGACAUCGCGAAAUGGCAAAACCCAAAGUUUGCUCGGCAUGCGGCGAAACUUUUACCGAAUACAACAAAUGGCGAUGUCACAUGCGGAUGGAAAAGGGAGUUAAUGGGCGUCAUUCGGAUAAACAGUGCUAUCCGUGUGAGACUUGCGGCAAGGUUUGUUCGUCGAAAUACAAUUUGAACAUGCAUAUUAUCACAAUUCAUGAGAAACGGGGCAGAAAUUGUCGUUGGUGCCCGCGCAUUGUACCGCUAGAUGAAUGGGAAGAACAUAAGGCGAUGGAAAAGGAGAAGCAUGGAGUUCGUGUACCGACAACUUGUGAUGUUUGCGGCGCAACGUUCACGUCGAAGGAUUCAGCUGCCAAUCAUCGACGUAAUUUUCAUCGCAACAUCAUUCUUGAAUGCCCUCUUUGCCCGAAAACGUUCAACUCGAGCACAGCUCUCAGCCAACACAAAGCAUUCAAACACACGGAAAAACGAUUCGAAUGCGCUUACUGCAACAAAAAGUACGCCUAUCGGUACGAAGCGAAGAAACACAUGACGAAAAAACACAAAAUCGAAAAAGACGAAAUAACGGAAGACUCCAUCAUUGAACACAAAGCCAGCGACAUUCCCGAGUUCCGUGAGCCGCCCGUUAAGCGACUGAAGGAAGAGGAGCCCCCGAUGGAAGAGGAAGAGACCAUUGUUGAAUACGAGAUCGUUUCUAUGUAA